CCGGGCAGAGACCGCGGAGCUGCUGGAGGGAGGCGAGCGGCUGGAGGGAACCAACCGGCCCAGCAUGGACGACCCCGCGGCGCCCGGGCCUGCCGGCUCACCAGCUAAUGACAACGGCAACAACGGCAACGGCGGCAAAGGGAAACUGGGUGCGCCCAAGGGCCGGGAAGCGUUCCGCAGCCAGCGGCGGGAGUCGGAGGGCUCUGUGGACUGCCCUACUCUGGAGUUUGAAUAUGGAGAUGCAGAUGGGCAUGCAGCAGAGCUGUCAGAAUUAUACAGCUACACAGAGAACCUGGAGUUUACCACCAACAGGAGAUGCUUUGAAGAGGAUUUCAGAACUCAAGUGCAAGACGCUAAGGAAUGGCUGGAGUUGGAAGAAGAUGCCCAAAAGACCUAUGUGAUGGGUCUUCUGGACCGACUGGAGGUGGUCAGUAGGGAACAACGGCUUAAGGUGGCCCGGGCUGUUCUCUAUCUAGCCCAAGGUACUUUCGGGGAAUGUGACUCGGAGGUGGAUGUGCUACACUGGUCCAGAUACAACUGCUUCCUGCUCUAUCAGAUGGGGACCUUCUCGACCUUCCUGGAGCUCCUCCACAUAGAAAUCGACAACAGCCAGGCCUCUAGUAGUGCCCUUCGGAAACCAGCUGUCUCCAUUGCUGACAGCACUGAGCUCAGGGUGCUGCUGAGUGUCAUGUACCUAAUGGUGGAAAAUAUCCGCCUGGAGCGAGAAAUAGACCCCCGUGGGUGGAGGACAGCCCGAGAGACUUUCCGAACUGAACUAAGCUUUUCCACACAUAACGAAGAGCCUUUUGCCCUCCUGCUCUUUUCCAUGGUUACCAAAUUCUGCAGUGGCAUGGCCCCUCACUUUCCAAUAAAGAAGGUUCUGCUUCUGCUCUGGAAGGUGGUUAUGUUUACACUUGGUGGAUUUGAGCAUCUGCAGGCUCUCAAAAUACAGAAGCGUGCAGAGUUGGGCCUGCCUCCACUUGCUGAGGACAGUAUCCAGGUCGUAAAGAGCAUGCGUGCUGCCUCCCCGCCUUCUUACACUCUUGAUCUGGGGGAGUCUCAGCUGGCCCCUCCACCGUCCAAGCUGCGGGGCCGCCGUGGUUCUCGAAGGCAACUCCUCACCAAGCAAGACAGCCUGGACAUCUACAAUGAAAGGGAUCUCUUCAAGACUGAGGAACCAGCCACAGAGGAAGAAGAGGAGCCUGCAGGUGAUGGAGAACGAGCCUUGGAUGGAGAGUUAGACCUACUGGAACAGGACCCUCUGGUGCCACCUCCACCCUCACAGACACCUCUGUCUACUGACCGGGUAGCCUUUCCCAAAGGCCUUCCCUGGGCCCCAAAGGUCAGACAGAAGGACAUUGAACACUUCUUGGAGAUAAGCAGAAAUAAGUUCAUUGGAUUCACCCUGGGGCAGGACACAGAUACCUUGGUUGGACUACCUCGACCCAUCCACGAGAGUGUGAAGACUCUAAAGCAGCACAAGUAUAUCUCCAUUGCAGAUAUACAGAUCAAGAAUGAAGAGGAACUGGAGAAAUGCCCCAUGUCUUUGGGAGAAGAGGUGGUACCAGAAACACCAUGUGAAAUUCUCUACCAGGGCAUGCUGUACAGCCUCCCUCAGUACAUGAUUGCUCUGCUUAAGAUUCUGCUGGCUGCAGCCCCCACCUCCAAGGCUAAGACAGACUCUAUCAAUAUUCUAGCAGAUGUCCUGCCUGAAGAGAUGCCCAUAACUGUUCUCCAGAGCAUGAAGCUGGGCAUUGAUGUGAACAGGCACAAGGAGAUCAUCGUAAAGAGUAUCUCUGCCCUGCUCCUUCUACUGCUCAAACACUUCAAACUCAACCAUAUCUACCAGUUUGAAUAUGUGUCACAACAUUUAGUGUUUGCCAACUGCAUCCCCUUGAUCCUGAAGUUCUUCAAUCAAAAUAUCCUGUCCUAUAUCACUGCCAAAAACAGCAUCUCGGUACUGGAUUACCCAUGCUGUACCAUCCAGGAUUUGCCAGAGCUGACUACUGAGAGUCUGGAAGCUGGAGACAAUAGCCAGUUCUGCUGGAGGAACCUCUUCUCCUGCAUCAACCUCCUGAGACUGCUCAACAAACUGACCAAAUGGAAGCACUCCAGGACCAUGAUGCUGGUGGUGUUUAAAUCCGCUCCAAUCUUAAAGAGAGCCCUCAAAGUCAAACAGGCCAUGCUACAACUUUAUGUCUUAAAGCUACUAAAGAUACAAACCAAGUACCUUGGGCGCCAGUGGAGGAAAAGCAAUAUGAAGACUAUGUCGGCCAUUUACCAGAAAGUGCGCCACCGCAUGAAUGAUGACUGGGCUUAUGGGAAUGACAUCGAUGCCAGGCCAUGGGACUUCCAAGCAGAAGAGUGUACCCUGAGGGCCAACAUUGAGGCUUUUAACAGCCGCCGCUAUGAUAAACCACAGGACUCAGAAUUUUCACCUGUGGAUAACUGCUUACAGAGUGUGCUGGGGCAGAGGCUGGAUCUGCCUGAAGAUUUCCACUAUUCCUAUGAGCUCUGGCUGGAGAGAGAGGUGUUUUCACAGCCCAUCUGUUGGGAGGAGCUGCUCCAGAAUCACUGAGCUCUUGUCACAAAGCAUCUCAAAGAUGGAGGUUGGCUCCAAUAAGUAUGCUUUGCCUGUCCUGCCCCUUCAGACUUCAUAUUGAACUCUAGCAUAUACCCAUGGGCAUCACAGCCCAACAUCCAGCAGACAAUCGGCACGGCGCAGGCCUAUUCUGGAUGCCGUUAGGCCUGAAGGUGAUGCAAGGCUGGGAUCCUGAGUCAAAGCACAUGCAUCAGCUUGCCCUAGGCUCAGCUCGGUACCCAGUUAGCUUGGAAUCUCUUGAUGGAUCAGUCCUGGGCAGGCUCUUUGACAGAACCUGCUUUAAUCUUGCCUAGAACCAGGCUAGCCUCUGUUGGCCACAAUAGGGAAAAGAAAUUUGUUAUGGCAUUUGACCCAUGGCAUUCCCUCAAGCAUGGGAUAGGUACAGGCCAUAAAACGAGCAAAUUUUCUUCUUGCUCACUCUAAAUGCCUGAGACUUAUCAUUUAGCAAAACCAACUUCAGACUAUUUCACAUUAAGAUUGUGACACUCCGCUUUAUAAAAUACUCAUUAGCUCUGAGAUGUCUUGAGAGCACUGCACUUUCUAAAGAAUGGUUGUUUCCAACACUGCAUGAUAUAGAAAAGUCUAUUAUUGUAUUUUUCCUUAAGAGAUCUAUGUUCAAUGUACAAACAUCGCCUCUGUAUCUGUAUAGUGCAUUGACUCCUUUGCCAUCUGGAAAGAACCACAACUAGUGUGUAAUAUAUGGCCUUCUCAAAAAGUAUCUCUCGUUUUUCAGAAAAUACUUAUUUUAAAAUGGCUGACUACACCGCAGAAGGUUACUCCCUGAUAUAACCCCAGAUCUUCACUUGAGUGAGGAGAGGGUAGUGUUGUGUGAGCCAGGACCUGGCUAUGUAGCCCUGACUAGGCUGGAACUUACUGUGUUGCCAGCUGGCCUUGAACUUGUAAUGAUUCUCCUGGGAUUAUAGGCAUGGGCCAUCCCUCUAGCCAACGCAUUCUUAAAUGACAAGCUGGUUAGAGAAGGUUCUAUUUGCUGGUAUUUGUCCAUUUGUGCUGACUUUUUAAAAUUAAAAGCUACAGCAUCACAAUUUAUAUUUUUUUCUUCCACGUUCGUUCGUUAUUUUUUACCUUUUUAUUUUUCUGCUAGAAGUUUCAGUAUGGUUUGUACCGGAAGUAUCACACAUUUCAUGGCAGAUGUCUCUACUCCUCCUUUACAGCAAAAUCACAUGCUUCCAAAACUAAGGGGUUUUUAAAUCUUUGCACUUUUUUCAUUUUCGUCUCCCCACUGCCCAUACACUACCAAGUCUUUUUAUGAUGGCACAGGGCACUUUAUUCCUAGAGAGCUGGUCCAAACUAGCUCAUUUACUCUUUCAUAGGUCAUGACAGAGACCCUGCACUAUCCCAAGGAACAGUCAGUACCUCUGUGUUGUGGGUAGCAGGAUUUCUUACUAUGGAAAAGUGACAAAAAUAUACUAUGUAAUAGUUGAAAUGUCUUAAAAUAAUUUGCAAAUUUUAUCAAACCAUGACAGCAAUCCUUUUUAAACAGUUUACUGAACAUAACAUCAGGCAAUUUUAUUAAUCUAGGAUCAGGCUACUGUGAUCUUAAUGACAUUUGUGCAAAAAGAUACUUUUCUAGAAAAGAGAAUAAUCACCAACCUAUUUUGAAGUUGUAUCCUAUCAGUUGUGUAAAUAAAAAAUAAGUUGCCUUUUAAAAAUCACACCCGAAUGCUUUCAGAAGCACAGACGUAUGCCACACUUUAAUAUAUCACAUUUUAUUAUUUAUUACUCGAGAAGAUUAAUUUUCAAUGCAAAUGGAAAAACUACUCUACCUUGCAAGGAGAAACGAUGAGUUUCAAGUCACAUCCAUUUCUCCCCCUGCAACUCGCUGUGACUAGCUUCUGGUAUCAGCAGCUAGCCCCGUGUGCUAAGCUGACGGGGUUGGAUCUCCCAAUUUGAGAGCUCAUGUAUGUGAUGAGGAAUGGCGUCAGAGUAACCAAAUUUAAUGGUGAUUAUAAUUUCUAAAUAGAAGCAUGCUAUUUGUACGAUUUAUAAAAUAGGGACUUUAUCUGUGAAUAUUUUAGUGAAAUUUGUGUUGAUAAUAUUGUUCAUCUCACCAAAUACUUUAAUAAAAAGAAAACCUGGAAU